AUGGAGAUACCCGCCAUUUACGCAAUUGCUGCGGGCGGCAUAUUUCUGGCCCUGUUUCUGAUACAAAUCCGCUAUGUCCUAGUUGACUGGACAGAAUCAUUUUUUGUUUUACUUUCCAGACAUCUGACCCUCCCUAUCCUUGUUCGUAGGCAUCGAAUCCUUGGACCAUGGACCCGAGCUGGUAUCCUCGUCCAUCUCUCUUACAUUGCCGUCAACAUCGCUCUGGUCUUUUUGCGUACCGAAUCGCUGGUAGACUCGGGCCGCCGGGCAGGCGAGCUGGCUCUCGUCAACAUGAUCUUUCCUCUAUCAACCGCCCACCUUGGUUUCCUGGCCGGACUGCUUGGAAUCACCUGGCGUACUUGCCGUAAGAUCCAUCGAGCAACCGGUUGGACAGCUGUUGCUCUGCUGUCAUUCCACAUCAUCGCCGAACUUCAAGGCAAAACAUCUAGGUUUCCUCUCGCUGAGACACAAAACCGGCUCACUGUUAUCGGUGCUUCUGCACUCGGUAUCCUUGCUCUGUUUUCCAUUCCAUACUUUCGUCGUUGGUCUUAUGAGAUCUUUCUCCGAAGCCAUCAGAUACUUGCCGGACUUUUUAUCUAUGGCACCUGGCAGCAUUUUCCCACCCACACUAGCUCAGCGAGACUGUACGUCUAUGUGACACUGGGCAUUCUGGGGCUAACAACGCUUCUGGAGUUGGCGAACCAUUUAUAUCGCAACGGGAUAUUUUCCGGCCGUGGUGCUCCUCGAGCCCUUGUAUCAUUCUCAAUACCAGGGGAAAGCCUCCCCAGAAUCACAGCUGCAAAUAUCCAAAUUAUUUUACCUCGACCAGUGCAUGUUGAGCCUGGUCAAUACAUCAACCUCUGGAUGCCAUCGGUAAGUUUGUGGUCAUGGACUCAGACGCACCCUUUCACCAUCACAUCCUGGUCCAGGGGUAGACAGGAUACUUUGAAGCUACUUGUGCAACCUCGAAAUGGCUUCACUGCAGAUCUCGUACGCCAUGGUGCGCUGCCCACAGAUAGCUCGGUAUCAUUAUUAGCCUUAUUUACCGGACCUCAUGGACUCACCGAAGACGUCGAUCCCUACGAAACCACCCUGAUAAUUGCGACCGGAUUUGGAAUCGCGACUUCGAUCCCGUAUCUCAAGAAAAUGAUUCAUGGCUACAAUACAUGCACGUCCCAUACUCGCCGACUGCAUCUGGUCUGGCAGGUAGAUUCCAUCGAAAUGGUGAGCACGGCCGAAGAGCAGAUCAAUGAUGUCCUUGAAGAUGAUAUCAUAGAUAAGGGUUAUAUACUCAGCAUAUCUAUUUACGUGGAGCACGGUCUUGCAAAUAGCAGAACACCGGUUGGAAAACAUGAGAGGAUAUGCUACUACCAGGGCUUACCUGAUUAUCGCAAAAUAAUCUCAACCGAAGCAUCUGGGAGUCAGAUAGAGAGACAGCCGAACAUCCCGGAUGAGCCAGGUCGAACACUUGUAAUGGUUUCCGCAAGCGAUGGUCUUAGAGAUCGCUUACGCGACAUUGCAAGAGGCUAUCUCCACCAGGGUGUUGAGCUUUCAGAGCUGGAAUAUCAGCCUGAGUAG